AUGGAGGAACUGGCCCGAGAGAGCAUCAGCCUGUUGGCUCGCUCUGCGUCUCAUUCGGAUCCCCCUCGGCUCGGUUCUUUCGGUGCCGUGUUCAUUAUGCUGAAGUCUGCGCUUGGAGCCGGACUGCUGAACUUCCCGUGGGCCUUCCAGAAGGCAGGAGGAGUGCAUACUGCUAUUAGUGUGGAACUGGUAUCUCUGGUGUUCCUUGUUAGCGGACUGGUCAUCCUCGGCUACGCCUCCUCGGUCAGCAGACAAAAGACUUAUCAGGAUGUGGUGCGAGAAGUGUGUGGACCAGCUAUUGGGCAACUUUGCGAGAUCUGUUUCUGUUUCAACCUCUUCAUGAUAUGCGUCGCUUUCCUGGUGGUGGUGCAGGACCAGCUAGAGAAAUUGUGUAUUUCUCUAUAUGAAACGGUAACUGGGUCAGGUGAAGGGGACAUGCCAUAUCAUUGGUACACUGACCAGCGUUUUGCCCUCUUCAUCAUGUGUCUCGUCAUUAUCCUGCCACUGUCCAUCCCGAAAGAAAUUGGGAUCCAGAAAUAUACGAGUGUGCUGGGAACACUGGCAGCUACCUAUCUGUGCGUGGCGGUGAUUGUCAAAUACUACCUGAUGGAGACCCACACAGCAAUUCUAACUCCAGAGCAUACUCAAGGUGUGGGCUCAUGGGCUUCUAUGUUCAGUGUUGUGCCGACAAUCUGCUUUGGUUUCCAGUGUCAUGAGGCCUGUAUAGCAAUCUACAGCAGCAUGGAAAACCAGAAAAUUACACACUGGGUAGUUAUCUCUGUAAUCUCUAUGCUCUUCUGUUUGCUCAUCUACACGCUCACUGGAGUGUAUGGAUUCAUGACAUUCGGGCGAGAAGUUGCCUCCGAUAUAUUGAUGUCAUAUCCCGGGAAUGAUGUCGUCAUGAUCAUUUCAAGACUGCUUUUUGGAAUAUCAAUCAUUACUAUUUAUCCAAUUAUUCUUCUUUUGGGGAGAUCAGUCAUCCUUAACCUGAUGGUCCGAAUCCAAAGGCGUCGUUGGGGUAUCGUCACAAGCUCCUUUGAGAGUCGCUGCAGGGCACUUCUCACUGUUAUAUGGAUCACCAUCACUCUUCUCAUCGCCAUGUUUGUCCCUGACAUGGGGGAGGUCAUCAGUGUCAUUGGAGGAAUCAGUGCUUUCUUCAUCUUUAUCUUUCCUGGUCUUUGCUUGAUGUUCAUCAUGCAAAAUGAACCUGUGAGUCCAAGAAUCAGAGUCAUUUUAACAAUUUGGGGAAUCAUAACUGUUGUUGUUGGAGCAUUCAUCUUUGGACAAAGCACAACUAUUGCUGUCAUGGAGCUCCUAGACAAAUUCUGA